CAUGGAAACCCCAACUCUUUCUCCCAAGCCAGCCAUAGCUUAUCACUCCAACGUGGACACUUCCACCCCUUUUAGUUCCGUCAAAGAAGCCGUGGCCAUAUUCGGCGAACGGUUUCUCGCCGGAGAAAUCUACUCUCCAAAACCUUUCACCUUCCCCAAACAUGAAACAUCAUGGAAGUUUUCGCCAAGUCCUCAAAAAUCCAACGAAAUAUCAUCCGAGUAUACGCCAAAUCCCAACAAGCUUGGUGAUGAGAAUGCUCUUGUAGACACUCUAAAGAAACUCGAAGCUGAUCUUGAAGAAACAAAGAUGGAAUUGAAGUUACUCAAAGAAAGAGGAUCUGAAACUGAGGUAGCAUUGGCCUCAUUAAACGCGGAGCUUCACAAGAAUAUGUCAAGGUUGGCAAAAGCAGAGGCAGUGGCAGCAGCAAAAGCAGUGGCAUCAAGAUCAACUGUGUCAGUACAAGAAAAUGGAAAAGAUGGCGUCGGACUCAGGGAAGAAGAGAGGAGGGACUCUGUAGUAAGGAUGGAGAACUCUAGAACUUUGGCUGAAAUACUGAGUCUUGAUGAGAAAGAAGGCAUGUUUGUAGGAAGGAAGGAGAGGAAGAUAAUAAAAAAGAAGCCUAUUAUUCCUCUUGUGGGAGACUUGUUUUGGAGGAAAAAAGGAUCAUCUACUACUCUGCAUAAUCCCCUCUAUUCAUCUGCUCAUAUCAAUUUGAACUGAUAUAACAGGCAUGGGUUCAUCAUGCAACAAAUUAUGUAUCUUCCAUACCUGUGCAUUGUCAUGUGUGAAUUCUUUGAUAUCCAUAUGCUGAAAAAGAAAAAGACCAAAAAAAAGGAUGAAUUGUUGUGUGAUGAUGAAAAGGUCCAUGUCUCUAGUUGGUUUAGUUUCUCUUAAUGUGUGUUAUGAAAGGUUGUGCAUCUCGUUUGAGUGGUGAAAUUUUCUGCUACACCUGAGUUCUGAAGAUUUGUGAUCGCCCAAAUUGAACGCAAGAUAGUGAGAGAAGAACUCAGAAUUGAUUUGC